CCUCUCCACACACGCAUGCGCCGCACCGCAGGACUACAUUUCCCGGCAUGCCCCAGGGGGCGGUCCGCGCGCGUGGCAGGGCGCGGCGGGAGAGGAGCAGAGCGGAACAGGGACAGAGACAUGGCCAUGGAUGCGGGUGAGGGGCGGCCGCAGCCCCACCUGGCCGCGCUGGUGCUGGCGCGGGGCGGCAGCAAAGGGAUCCCGCUGAAGAACAUCAAGCUGCUGGCGGGGGUGCCGCUCAUCGGCUGGGUGCUGCGCGCCGCCACCGAUGCCGGUGUCUUCCACAGCAUAUGGGUUUCCACAGACCACGAUGAGAUCGAGAAGGUUGCAAAGCAGUUUGGUGCUCAGGUCCAUCGCAGGAGCCCCGAAGUCUCUCAAGACUCCUCCACUUCCCUAGAAGCCAUCACAGAGUUUCUCAAUCAUCAUCAUGAGGUUGAUAUUGUAGGAAAUAUUCAAGCAACAUCUCCCUGUUUACAUCCCAGUGACCUUAUAAAAGUGGCAGAUAUGAUCCAGAAGGAGGGCUUUGAUUCUGUCUUCUCUGUUGUGAGGAGGCAUCAAUUCAGAUGGAGUGAGGUAAAGAAAGGAGAAAACAAGAUGACAGAACCCCAAAACCUGAAUCCAGCAAAGCGGUACCGGAGGCAAGACUGGCCUGGGGAGCUCUAUGAAAAUGGCUCAUUUUAUUUUGCCAAGAGGCAUCUGAUUGAGAAAGGCUACUUGCAGGGUGGUAAAAUGGCCUACUAUGAAAUGCGUGCAGAGCACAGUGUGGAUAUUGAUAUAGACAUUGACUGGCCUAUUGCAGAGCAGAGAGUUUUGAGCUUUGGAUAUUUUGGCAAAGAGCCACUAAAAGAGGUGAAGCUCUUGGUUUGCAGUAUUGAUGGAUGCCUGACCAAUGGUCGCAUUUAUGUGACAGAAGAUCACAAGGAAAUGGUCUCCUACGAUUACAGAGAUAUUGUUGGCAUUGAUCUAUUAAAGAAAAGAGGAAUCCAGGUUCGGCUCAUCUCUGACAGAGAUUGUUCAAAAACACUGUCAGCCAUGCAGCUGGGAUGUGUAGCCAAAGUCAGCGUAAGAAAUAAACUACAGAUUCUGAAGGACUGGCAGGAGGACAUGGGUUUGAGCUGGAAAGAGCUGGCUUACUUAGGAAAUGAGGAGUCUGACGUGGAGUGCCUGAAGCAGGCAGGCAUGAGUGCUGUGCCUGCUGAUGCCUGUGCCGCUGCUCAGAAGGCUGCUGGUUACAUCUGUAAGAGCAGAGGUGGCUGCGGAGCUGUGCGGGAGUUUGCAGAACACAUAUUCCUGCUCUUAGAGAAAGUGAACUCUGCAAGGAAGCAGCUGGAAGAAAUCAGCUCAGCAGGGAAGGAAACUGGGAGAAAUGAGAACAGCAGAAAAGGAAAUAAGGAACUGAUGGAUAAAGAGUAACGCCAUUGGUCAAUCCUGCUUUUCUUCCUCAGUACAUCCAUACCCCGAAGGAAUGCUUACCUUUCAAAUUUUACAGCACAGUAGAGUUAAAAAGGUGUCUUCCCCUAAUUCCAGGUCCCACAUUUAUGAUUAUAUGCUGAAAAUAUGAUCAUAUCCAUGAUGAUUUUAAAAGCCUUUUAAGUGCAAUGGGAGGAAUGCUAGAAGAGAGAGUGCCCUGUACAUCUGCUCUUAAUCAUCACACCUGUCCUACAGGGAUGAUGCCUCUUUAUUUCAUAAUCUGAAUGUUUUCAGGGAUCAAUGAUUUUGCAUGACUUGAAGAUUUGUAAUUCAGGCUUAAAAACCCCAAAACUUCUGUAAGUUUGCUCAUGUGGUUUGCAUUUCUUUUAUCAAAUGCAUGGUGUUGUUUUUGUGUGAUUGCAUUUUACAAGCUUUGUCCUUAGCAAGGAAGAGUUUUAACAUAUGCUGGAGAGGUCAGGUGUAAACUACUUAUCAAUAAAACUUCCUCCUCUAUUUUUAAAAUACAACACAGUUACUGUAAAACAAGUUAAUAUUCGUUUAAAAAAAGCACUUUAACAUGUGUUCAUUUUGAAGCUCAUAAAUAAUUAAAUCACAUUUGGAAUUGUGCCUCUUGGAAUCUAUUUAUUUUGGGUUUUAUCAAAAUGCCUAAAUUAAUAUUUUGCCAAAUUUGGAGUUAAAUUUCCCACUGUCUUUGAGAUCUUUGCAGAAACUCAGUUUCUUUCUAUGAAGACUAUAUUGCAACUUCAAAAGAGUUAAAGCCAUAUAAAAGUCUUUAAGUUUAUUGUAUAAAAGUAGCUGCUGUUAAAAACAAAACAAAACCAAACUAUAGUUGAUGUGGGUUUAUAUAAAAUAUAUAUACAGACUACUUUUAGCAUGUUAAAACACUGGUUUACAUGCUUGUAUUUAUUGAAAAUAGGAUCUGUAUUGUACAUUACAAAUACAAUAGUAUAUAUCAGAGUUAAGUUCUGGUGUGGGUUAUGCUAAAAAAUAAAAAUACCCAUGGUACACUGGCAAUUACAA